AUGCUCAACACAGAGACCACCGGCGAUCCACCAGACGCAACUGAGAUAGUGGAAGAGACCACAGAGGGUGAGGAGAUCAAUCGAGAUCCCAGGCUCUUGCCCAACCUCACCCUGGGAUACAACAUCUAUGACACCUAUUUUGAUGAGCGAAUUACUUCUGAUGCCAUGAUAGACCUCCUAGCUGGCGGGGGAAACGAUAUUCCUAACUACAGCUGUGGAAGGCGGAAUCAGCCUUUGGCUGUUCUUGAAGGGGCUGAAUCUGACCUCUCCAUCCAAAUUUCAGCCACCUCACGCAUCUACAAAAUCCCCCAGACUGUGCCUCGUGCCAGGUGCACCGAAAGCUGUCAACCUGGAUACAUGAAGAUGAUACAGGAAGGACAACCACCUUGCUGCUAUGCUUGUUCUCCAUGUGCAGAAGAGACAAUCUCCACUCAGGAAGAUGCAGACCAUUGCCAGAAGUGUCCUGAAGAUCAGUAUCCAAACAAGGACCGAGAUCAAUGUAUCCCCAAAGUGAUAACCUUCUUGUCCUAUGAAGAACCUAUGGGGAUCGUCCUAACAUCCUUUGCCUUAUAUUUGUCCGUCACCACAGCUUUUGUGUUAGGCAUCUUCAUUAAAUACAUAGCAACUCCAGUAGUCAAAGCCAACAACCGGGACCUCUCCUUCAUUCUCCUGGUUUCCCUCUUGCUUUCUUUUUUAUCCUCUUUUCUGUUCAUUGGUCAGCCUGGGAAGAUGACCUGCCUUCUCCGACAAACAGCCUUCAGCAUCAUUUUCUCAGUUGCUGUCUCUUCUUUGUUGGCAAAAACCAUCACUGUGGUGGUCGCAUUCAUGGCCACCAAACCAGGGGGAAAGACGAGGAGAUGGCUGGGGAAGCAUUUGUCCAUCUCCAUUGUCUUUUGCUGUUCUAGUGUUCAGCUUGGCAUUUGCACCGUCUGCCUGGGGAUCUCUCCACCCUUCCUGGACUCUGACAUGCACUCUCAGCUUGGACAGAUUAUCUUGCAAUGUAAUGAAGGGCCUGCUGCCAUUUUUUAUACUGCCCUUGGCUACAUGGGGUUCCUGGCUGCCAUCUGUUUCACAGUGGCUUUCCCUGCCAGAAAGCUGCCUGGGGCCUUCAAUGAAGCCAAACUGAUCACCUUCAGUAUGCUGGUCUUUUGCAGUGUCUGGGUGUCCUUUGUGCCCGCCUAUCUGAGCACAAAGGGAAAAUACAUGGUGGCUGUUCAGGUCUUCUCCAUCUUGGCCUCCAGUGCCGGGUUACUGGGCUGCAUCUUUCUUCCCAAAUGCUACAUUAUUAUGUUGAGACCUGAUCUGAAUUCAAGGGAACAUCUAAAGUCAAAAACUAAGGAUGACAUCUGA